UACUGCUAAGCCUUACAUAUUGUGAUUUAUUUAUUCUAAGCACAUAUUAAUAUGGUUGUAUGAUAUGUUCACAAACUGGUUUCAGCAGUGUUGGUCAUUACAGAGCUACGUUGUAUUAAGGAAUUAAAGCAGCAGUGUAUUCCUCAGGAGAGGCUAUUUCAUUUAAAAAAAUCUCCUUCUCCAAGGUAUUUAAUGCAUUAAUGAGUAUAAUUUUGGCACAGAUGUUUCCCGGUGUUUGCAGGUUUUCUGUGUAUUUUUUAUAUUACAAAGGAGCUGGCUACUGCAAUAGCUCAAACCCUGACAAGCAAAUAGAUAAUCAAGAAGACAAAUGGCUUCUUUUGUGAGCCACAGCUCUUGUAUUAAUUUUCAUUUUCUUGCUCAUAGAAAGUAUCGAAAAUACUGUUCAGGGCGAAAUAUCAUUCCAGUUCUAAGUUACAUUUAAAAAAAAAAGGGGGGGGGGGAGAAGGAGGCCUCUAGACCCUACAAAGAAAAUCACCAUGUUCUGAAUCAUUCCCUAUAAGAAAAUGGUUUUCGCUUAUUUAUGAGAUUUUAUGAAUUUCUCUAAGUAAUUAUUAAAAUAUCCCACAAUAUUAUUAAGAACAAAGACCUGGCUUGGAAUAUUUAAAGUGGUAGAAUGGCUAUUUCUGUUCUCAGGGUACUUAGCAAUUUAACUCAGACCUUGCAAAUAAACUGCGUUCAAAAGUUGUCCCUUCCUCCCCCACCUCAAUAAAUCGCCCAUUACGUCUUUUAUUCUAUUGACUUUGUAACAGUUUGUAAGAAAUAUUUAUAUGGUCAUGUGAUACAGAGCCGCUACACGUCUUGUGUUGGAAAAAUGGAGUUGUGUAUGUAUUUGAUUAACUUUUGCCCCUUUAAAGGCAAAAAGAGCAACCUUCGGAGUUUUUAUUUCAGUGAGGGGUGGUGGGGACUGCAUUUAUUUUGAUGGCUGAUUUUUCCCCCUUUGAUCUGCUUCCUAUGUAAAGGCGAUGCAAUUUUCAGAUAGAGGCUAUGCUCUUAAGGGUACCAAAACAGUUCUUAAAAAGCAUAUGCUGUUAGGAAUGCAACUUCUAUAGAACAAAAUCAAAGCUGGAAAGUAUGAAUAGAAUUGAAGGGGGAGAAAAGAAGAUUUCUAUAGGACCUAAAAGUUCACAGCCAUUAUAAGCAGACAGAAGCCAAGAAAAAUGCGAGAAUUAUACAGAAAAUCAUUAAUCACUUCUUUUCUUUAAAUACUUAUCCUUUCCCCAUUGUUAUUCAACAGCAAAUCUCCGCAGACCGUCUGUUGGGAAAAAAGUACCCGGAGUCCUACAAAAAUCUUCAAGGGAAAUAAUAACAAUAAAAAAAUCUGGAUCAUAAAGUUGAUUUUUUUAUUUUAUUUUACUUUAUUUUAAUUUUUGGAAAACAAAACGAAACAAACAACAACUCUCACUUGGGAAGAAUCCACUCAAACCAUGAAUACCGUCUAUGGGGCGUUGGAAAAAGGAUGUGGGAAUACACAAGUUCUCUUUCUUUCUCAAACUGCUGCGCUGUCUCAUUUGUGCUGGACCAGACAACGGAGAAUUGGUCAGCUUCCAAUAGACAACUGGAAACGGAUUGUCACGUGACCUUGGGGUGCCAAUGUUCUUCCGUAAGGGUCUCAAGACCCUGGUAGUCGGUAAAAAUAUUUGUUGGGAAUCCCAGAGAUGCAGAAAACAACAUACUACGACAGUUCCACGCUGUUUGGAGGCUAUUCCUACCAGGGUGCUAAUGGGUUUGGUUAUGAUGCCCCUCAACAGUCUUUCCAGCCUUCUUCUCACGUGGAGAAUGACUACCAGAGGUCUGCCUGCUCCCUCCAAUCUCUUGGCAACACUGCCCCACAUUCAAAAAGUAAAGACCUGAAUGGAAGCUGCAUGCGUCCAAGUUUGCCCCUGGAGAAUCAUCAAGCCCCACCUGUCUCACCACCCCCAAACUCUGUCAGCAACAGCAACAGUAGCAACAACAAUAGCCAGUCAGGGAGCAGUAAAACUGCCCCCAGCAAAUCCAAUCUCAGUUCAAACGCAACUCUCACCAAACAGAUUUUCCCCUGGAUGAAAGAAUCGAGACAAAACUCCAAACAGAAAAACAGCUCCCCUACCACAGAAAGCUGCAGCGGCGAGAGAAGCCCUCCAGGGUCUUCUGCCUCCAAACGAGCCCGCACUGCCUACACCAGCGCGCAGCUGGUGGAGCUGGAGAAGGAAUUCCACUUCAACCGCUACCUUUGCAGGCCACGCCGGGUGGAGAUGGCCAAUCUGCUCAACCUCAGCGAAAGGCAGAUCAAGAUCUGGUUCCAGAACCGGAGGAUGAAGUAUAAAAAAGAUCAGAAGUCGAAAGGCCUGGGGUCUUCUUCGGGGGGGCCCUCCCCAACGGGCAGCCCGCCCCAGUCCAUGCAGUCCUCAGCAGGAUUUAUGAAUGCCUUGCACACCAUGACUAGUAACUACGAUGACCCAUCGCCUCCUUCCUUCAAUAAGCCCCACCAGAAUGCCUAUGCCAUGUCCACUAACUACCAAAACCCCAUCAAAGGGUGCCCCUCGCAACAGAAGUAUGCCAACACCGCGCCGGAGUACGAUCCCCACAUAUUACAGGGCAAUGGGAGCACAUAUGGGACUCCCAAUAUGCCAGGCAGCCCUGUAUACGUUGGAAGCAGCUAUGUGGAUUCUUUGCCUGCUUCGGGACCCUCCCUUUACGGCCUCAAUCACCUGCCACACCACCACUCUGCCAGCAUGGACUACAACGGGGCUCCACAGAUGCCAACCAGCCAGCACCAUGGACCAUGUGAGACCCACCCGACCUACACAGACCUUUCCACGCACCACGCCUCUUCUCAGGGCCGAAUCCAAGAGGCGCCCAAACUCACCCACCUGUGAUAGGGUGGGGGCAGGGAGGAGUGGGGGCAGGGCAGGACAGACUCGUGAGGAUGUGGUGGAGCACUGAAGUGGGGUAGUGAAUCCGCAGUGGGAUUUGGUUCAGAAACAUUUGUGUUGAGCCCUUAAGAUAUUUGUUUGGUGGCCUGUCUUGUUAGCCCUUCAAGUGGAGAAAUUUCUGGCUUUUCCUGGUUUUAUUAAGCCCAUUAGGCACAACUUCUGAUGAUUAAUUCUAUUUAUUUGCAAGAUCUAUCUAUCUAUCUAUCCCCAUGCACACCUCACUAUCUAAUCUAAUCUACCUACCUAUCUAAACGCUAGAUAGAUAUACCUUCUAAUGCUUCAACACAAAUGCUUUUGAAUAUAUUUGGGGUAGUUUUAUGGAAAUCUAGCAAGAUACAAAACCAAAACAACCUGAUAUAUUUAAAGAAGGUACAAAUAAGUACAAAGAUUCCUCGGACAUUGAUAAUGGCAGCAUACUGUCAACCCACCAAAUCUAUACAAUUGGCCUAUUAAGAACAGAUACAUUUUUUUUAAUCUAAACAGAUUCACAGAAAACUACACCCUCCAAAUCUCCCCCCAAAGAAUCUUACCUUUUCCUUUCCAGUCUAACUCUUGAGAUGAAGAACAUCUUUUUUUUGCUGAGUAAUUCCUCCCCUACCCUAUCAGCUGAAAAUAUCCAUAUCUGCCAACAUUUGGAAAUCUAACCUUUCUGCCUCUUCCUCUUCACACGGUCCUCAAAUAGGUUUAAGAGCUGCAAAGGUUCUGGAAAUAAAUUUCUGCAACAAAGCUGAUUUUUAUAUAUAUAUAUAUUUUUAAAGAGGCCAAAGAGAGGAAGAUAAAGUUGACAGGUCUGGAUAUUUUUAACCUUUGCCUCUUAUGGAGUGAAGUCUCCAUUCGGUUACACGGUUUUUGGUUUAGGGUUCAUGAACAAAAAAGCAAUCUUGAGACUUAGAAAUCCUACAUUUUGUUCCUCCUUCUCUCUUGACUUAACGUGAAAACAGGGUAUUUUUGAACAAACGGUAUGUCCUCCAAAAGAAGCAGAAGUGAAUGGACCUUUGGUAUUUGCUAAUGCUUGCUUGUCUGGACAUCUUUGUUGCACUUAGAGUUUACAUUGAAUGGGUAUAAAACAACUUUGAAGGGCGUUCGUCCACUAAAUCCUGACGUCUUUCAAAAGCUGUGUGUUCUGGUGAACAUUCAUAUAUAUUUAUUGGUUAUAGCCAGUUUAAAAUAUUUUUCCUUUUUUUUGUAUUAUUUAUCCCCCACAUCAUGUAUUUAUAUGAGAAAAAGAAUCAAAUUGUACUUUUUUAGUAUUGACUUGUUAUAAAGGACAUUGUGUUUCCUUGUCAUUGUACAACAAGCUUAUUUUAGUUAUUGUAAUUUAGAAAGACCAGUAGUUUUAUGUUACCCUCGUACUUAUGAAUAAUGUAAUUAGUUCUACUGGAGGCAUGAGAGCAGAUCCAGACUGUAAUUGUAUAGUCCUGAAUUAGAAGAACUAUAGCUAAUCCCCUCCCACGUCACCCCUCCUCUUUGGAGAUCUUUCUUUGUUCCUAUAGUAGUUAUUUUAUUUCCUUGCUUAAGGGUUGUCUGUUGAACAAUUCUUGAAUAAACUUUCUGUUAUCAA